CUUCUUCGCUUAACCAUGGGAGUUGUCUACAGCGUCGGAGAGGUCGGACACCUCUCCACUUUCUUCGUACAGUGGUCAUCAACAAUAUGCACUAAGGGCAAGAAGAAGUACCGCCAGCCGUGCUACCUUGUCAAAAAGAAGCAUCAGAACAGCUACCUGGUUGUGGUAAAGAGCAAGGUGGCUGUAAUCAACCGGUUCUUCAGUGACCCUGUCAAGUCCACUAAUGCAAACUGGAAGAUUAUCACAGUGAAGGACUCUAAGCGUAGCCUGAGUUUGUGUAGCUCAGAGUACUAUGAGGAAGAAGAGCCUGAGUACCAGGAGGCGGUUGAAGAUUCCCUCCCCGUCCUGAAUGACCAGAGCCAGCUGCUGGAUGACCAACACCUGGAGCGGCUAGCUGCCCAGAUGCCAGCGAAGACCUGGGGCUAUCCAUGGCAGCUAGUCUACAGCACGGCCGUUCACGGGAGCAGUCUGAAGACCAUGUACAGGAAUAUGGCUGGCCUGGACUGCCCUGUGCUUCUGGUCAUCAAAGACAUGCACAAAAAGGUGUUUGGGGCUUUUUCUUCCGAUCCAUUCAAAGUCAGUAAAUACUGCUACGGGACAGGAGAAACCUUCCUGUUCAGCUUCAACCCGGACUUUCAGGCUUACAGGUGGAGCGGCGAGAACUCCUACUUUGUGUGCGGAAAUUGGGAAUCUCUGCAGAUUGGUGGAGGAGGGGUUGGAUUUGGCCUGUGGCUGGAUUCUGAUCUGUACCGUGGCUCAAGCUUCUCCUGUCCCACGUUCCAAAACGAGUCCCUCUCCACGCAGGUGGACUUCAAUGUACUAGAGCUCGAAGUCUGGACUGUGCAGAACUGAAGGCGGUAAAACCCACUAACCCAAGUUGCAAGACAUCAUGACCUCAAGGGGUAUGUGUGGUUUUAGCCACUACAAAAUGUGAUAUAGCCAAUGCUAUUAUCUCUGCAUCUGGUCCAGAUAAGCCCAUGUCCAGUAACAGAACCCUGUUUUGGCAGUUCUUGGGCUGGACUCUCUCUUAAUGGCGGUUGGAUCUGUGCCUUUAAAAUGAAAUCCUGCUGUUGAGGGUCUUGCUGCACUAAACUAUUGCCUGGUCAGCAGUGGCACUGCGUAAUUCCAGUUAGAAACUGGACUCUGACGCCUGUAAGCCCCCCGAACCGUUUUGUGAGGAGCAUUACAAUACAAAGUUCAAAGAAACACUGUUGAAUAAAAAGAUUGUAACUACUGUAAGCUCACUCAGACAAAAAGAUAAUUGAAUACGUCAUGGUAGAAACACUGUGACAUUAUGAGACCUGCAAGUUCUCAUCUGGAUUCUAAUUGUACAUGUUGGUCUCUAACAUGAGGUCUGGUUUUAAUGUUCUCUUUAAAAAACUACUGACCUUACCACUCAAUUGUUGCACUAUAUAAAGGGUAUUUAAUGAAUACAGUUUGUAGAGGAAGAGCUCUCAAAUGUUAUUAACUCUCACUUCUAGUUUUGGAACGUGUUUAUGCUUUUUGCAUAAGUAGGGAAUAUUCAUAAAACGUUAUUGUAUGUUUGUUUCAGGUUUUGUUCAUUUGUAUGUAUAUGAGUGUCCACCAGGCGGUGCUGGCACUGCCUGUUUGUUUGUUUAGAUGAACCACAAUAAACACUGUUUUUUUUACUGAAAA